AUGGAUAAAAUUAAGAACCUUGUAAACUGUAAGAUUUAUAUUAUCGGAGAUGAGGAUACAGUGGUUGGAUUCCUCCUUGCAGGAGUAGGGAGCAAGGAUGGACUGGGAAGAACAAAUUAUACUAUCGUAACGCCAAAAUUUACUAAAGCCCAAAUUGAGGAGGUAUUCAAGUUGUAUGUCUCGAUGGAUGAUUGCGGAAUAAUCAUCAUAAAUCAACACAUUGCAGAAAAAAUUCGAACACUCCUGGACCUCCACGAUAAAUUUGUACCAACGAUCUUGGAAAUACCAAGCAAAGAGGAACCUUACGACCCUAGUAAGGACUCAGUUAUGCAGAAGAUAAAGGUCUUCUUCGGAGAAAAUAAUUGA